ACUUCCUAGCUUGUCAGAGCCUCAGUCCCAGGAGGCUCCUAUCUUACUGAGGAGCUGUGUCCAGCACUGGAGCCCAUCUCUCCCUACAGCACCCGGCGGGGAGUCUACAAUCAGCAGCGGAGGAACGAAUGGGCAGAGCAGAACUUGUAGGAGGGAACAUGAGUACCCAGGAUCCCUCAGAGGUGUGGGGGCGAUCGGAUGGAGGAGCAGAGCUGCUCCAGGACUUGGGGUGGUAUCACGGCAACCUCACACGGCAUGCGGCCGAGGCGCUUCUCCUCUCCAAUGGACAUGAUGGUAGCUAUCUGCUGAGGGACAGCAAUGAGCAGACUGGACUCUAUUCUCUCUCCGUGAGAGCCAAAGACUCUGUCAAACACUUUCACGUCGAAUAUACUGGGUACUCAUUUAAAUUUGGCUUCAAUGAAUAUUCAACUUUAAAGGAUUUUGUCAAGCAUUUUGCAAAUCAGCCUUUGAUCGGAAGCGAGACAGGGACUCUGAUUGUUUUGAAACAUCCCUAUCCAAGAAAAGUAGAAGAGCCAUCCAUUUAUGAAUCAGUCCGGGUGCACACAGCAAUGCAGACAGGAAGAACAGAAAAUGACCUUGUGCCCACUGCACCUUCUCUUGGCACCAAAGAAGGCUACCUCACCAAGCAGGGCGGCCUGGUAAAGACCUGGAAAACAAGAUGGUUCACAUUGCAAAGGAACGAACUGAAAUAUUUCAAAGACCAGAUGUCACCGGAACCAAUUCGCAUCCUGGACCUGACAGAGUGCUCAGCCGUGCAGUUUGAUUACUCACAGGAAAGAGUAAACUGUUUCUGCUUAGUGUUUCCAUUCAGGACAUUUUAUCUCUGUGCAAAGACAGGAGUGGAAGCCGAUGAAUGGAUCAAAAUACUGCGAUGGAAGUUGUCAAAAAUAAGAAAACAGCUGGACCAAGGAGAGGAUACUGUCCGAGCGCGGUCAUUCAUCUUCAAAUAGAACUUUCUUGGCUCAGGGGCAAGGUGGAAUGUUCCAGGUGCCCUUAUCUGUAGCAGGUUUCAGAGGAAAGGUCAUUAAGGAAUUUCCUCUAAAAACAAACACCAAGUAGACUGUGGUCAGGAGCUCUACACUGUUUGCUGAUUCACGGAAAACAGCUGGUGGGAACGGCCAUCUGCUCAAGAAUGCAGUAGCAGCCCCCGGCUGGUGAAAACUGCCUACCUUCUACCAGGUGGAGCGGCUCUCAGAACAGUGCCAGAUGAAGAAGAGCUUGUUGGCGCUCACAGUGGCUUAGGCUUGUUGACUUUGGUUGCUGGGCGUCCUGCCCCAAAUCUUGGGCCAGCAUGACUAAGCUUUAGAUGUGUUAUUAAACAGUAAGGAAACAGCAGUAUGCCAAGCCCAGACUGCUCUUUUAGGAAGCAAAUUAAGAUAAUAAACACCAAGGUCUUUCAAAGGAGGGGCUGCUUGUUUUGUUUAUAUACAAAAACCCCACAUAGGGCUGAAGAGAUGGCUCGGCCAUUAAAAGUACAUCUGCUUUUGCAGAGAACCUGAGUUCAAUUCCCAGGCCCCACAUCAGGUGGCUCACAAAGCCUUCUAACUCCAGCUUCAGAGGGCUCAGAAGCUGAUGACCUCCUUGGGGACCGGCACUCAGGCACACACACUCACACAUACGCACAUAAUGCAAUAAUAAUAAAUUAAUAUAGUUUCCAGCUGAAUGGUUGUGAUGCACGCCUUUGAUUCCAGCACUGGGGAAGCAGAGAAUCUUUGUGGGUUCAAGGCCAGCCUUCUACAGAGUGAAUUCCAGGACAGUCUCCCUACAUAGCUACUAAGAAAUCCUGUCUCAAAAAACCAAACACAAAAAAGUUCUCAAAACUAAAAUGAAAAAAUGAUGUUCAUCCUAUUUUAUUUUUCCUUCCAAAAGGCUUAGAAUAAGGCUGGUGAGAUUUACUAAGCAUCUUAAAGGCGUUUGCCAAGCAACAGUUGACAUGUGGGACUCCUCAAAACUCAUAGAAGAAUUGGAAGGAACCAACUCCAAAAAGUUGUUCUCUGGCCUCUACAUGUGCGUCAGCAUGUGUGCCCCACAUCAUACAUACAUCGUAUGUAAUCGAUUUUAAAAGCUCACAAGUCCAUUGGAUCCUUUACUGCUAAUGCUGAACUGUGAGAACUAGAUAGGGAGAAGUAAAUUAAUGUGCACUAAAGGGUGAGGAUGUUUUAAUCAGCACGAAAAUGCAUUUUGAGGAAGGGUGACAAGCUGUGGGUGACUUUUAGUUUAAUGGUUAUCAUUCCACAUGUAAUACACGUAUAAGCACUAAGUUAUCUUCAGCAGCCGUUUCUUCAAAUUGAUUGAGACUUCCCCAUAAAGGCUGUGCUCUGUGUCUUUGCAGCUGUAACAGAGUAACCCUGUGAAGCUCCCCAAGAUUAUCGAAGGCCACCUUCUGUGACAUAGCUGCUGUAAACUGGGGUGUGAGGGUUGAACUGGACCGAGGUGCUGGUGUUCAGGGUCAUAGGUUUUAACUCGUACUGUCGUUGUUGAUGUGGCUUUUAAUGACAGAAGUUAAAGGGACACAAAUGGCUGACGAGCCAGCAAGUGAUGCAGAGCUGAGGGAACUCUGUUCUUGCAGUAGGAAGAGGCAGUGGUUAGCACUUUCAUCAAUGUGACAAAGAUGCCUGAGCGAACAGGGAUAAUUGACUUUGCUUCACGGUUCUAGAUGUUUCAGCUCACUGUGGUUAGGGUGUGGCGUAACUGUUCAUGUCACAGCAGGCAGGAAGCAGAGUAAGGCGGUAACAGGACACAGAGGAGGGAAGAGAGACCCCAGGGACCUGUUCUGAGUGGCAUACUUCCAACCAGGGCCCAGCUUCAGCAUUCUGCCACAUCCCAGGAGUGUGUCCAAAUUCUGAUCCAUUUGGAUGAAAUGAGUGGACCGGAAUGCCUUCAAGGACAUACCCACAAGGUAUUUCCUGGUAUUCCUCAAGCUGCCAUCGAGAUUCAUUCAUAGUACUUUGUUAAAUAUUUGUCUCUGUUGUUUAAACAGCUAAGACACAGAAACUGUUUUUCCAGGAGGGGUUUUGGAGUUGGGUUGUGGAUCAGUGGGAAGAAUACUUACUUAUCUGACUGCAAGGGGAACAUUUAUUAUGUUUGUGUUGUGCAGAAUAAACGAAGGUCAAGAUAAAAUGUAUUUGUCAAGUUUGCAAAAUAAGGAGUAACAAUGGCCCUUCCUUGAGAUGUAUGGUUUUGUUUCCUUGCAAACCACCUUUCUUUAUGUGUUAAAUACUCUUUUUUGCCGUCUGUAAAAUAUGUUUAUUUAUAUCCUUUGGUUCUAUUUACUAAUAAAAAGCGCAUGAUUUUGUUGUA